AAGGGAAUUACAGAAGAAGAGAAAGGGUUGGGCUCUGAUGUCUUGUGGUAGUAGUUGUGGUAACACCAGUAGAUUCUUCUCUGCUGCUCUUUCCUAAGCAAACUACUCCAGUUGGCUCGGCUUCAACUGAGUCUUCACGGAGUAAAAUUACAGAGCCAGCCAGCAUCACCAUUCUCUCUGCCUUCCAUGUUUGUAUAGCAGUUGAGUUUAACAUCAACAUCACAUCAUCAUCAUCAUCUUCUUCUUCUGAAACCUAGUAAAAAACCUCCACCUUUUGCUCUCUGUGACUCCCCUCCAAAUCUCUGUUUUGGCCACCAAAUCAACCAUACCUGCAGUAGCUUAACCUCUCCUCUCUCUCUCUCUCUCUCUCUCUGUGGAUUGUCGUUCUAUAGAAGGAUGAAUGCAGUGUGGGCGUGUGUAAUCAGCUGAGGAAGUAGAUGAUCAUGGGCUUUAUCACAUCUACUCUGUUGUUUCUUCUUCUUCUUCUUCUCUGGUCUGGGUCUUCUUCGGGGCUGAAUUCAGAUGGGACUUUGUUGCUGUCUUUCAGAUACUCUGUUCUCAGCGACCCAUUGUCAGUUCUCGACAACUGGGUUUACACCGACGAGACGCCCUGUUCCUGGACCGGCAUAACCUGCGCCCAAAUUGGAGACUCACCCGGCUCGCCGGAGAUGUUCCGGGUGACCGGCUUGCUCCUCCCCAACUCCCAGCUUCUGGGCUCAAUCCCAGACGCCUUGGGCUUCCUCCAACACCUCCGGCAGCUCGAUCUCUCCAGCAACUUCUUGAACGGCACUCUGCCCGCUUCCCUCUUUAACGCUUCAGAGCUUCAGGUUCUCUCCCUCUCCAACAACCUGAUAUCCGGCGAGAUUCCCGACCUCUCCGCCGGGCCCACUCACCUCCAAGUUCUCAAUCUCUCCGAGAAUGCCCUCGCCGGAAAGGUUCCGGAGAAUCUGACAGCUGUGCGGAACCUGACUGUUGUUUCUCUGAGAAGUAACUAUUUUUCCGGGAGGAUUCCGAGCGGAUUUGAUUCCGUUGAGGUUCUCGAUCUCUCUUCGAAUCUGUUUAACGGGACUUUGCCGGAUGAUUUUGGGGGGGAGAAUUUGAGGAACUUGAACCUCUCGAACAACAAACUUUCCGGGUCCAUAAAUUCCGAAUUCGCGAAGAAGAUUCCGGCGAACGCUUCCAUCGACCUCUCCUUCAACAACUUGACCGGCGAGAUUCCUCAGUUGAUGGCGCUACUUAACCAGAAGACGGAUUCUUUCGCCGGGAACGUGGAUCUGUGCGGGAAGCCUCUGAAGAAGCUCUGUACAAUUCCGUCAACGCUCUCCAUCCCGCCAAACAAUGGCUCUUCGGCUUCCUCCUCUCCGGCGAUUGCCGCCAUUCCCAAAACAAUCUACUCAAACGCCGGGAAAAACUUGACUCAGCCAAAUGGAACGUCGAAUCAGCCGCAGAGAAGGUUGAAGCCGGGAACUAUAGCCGGAAUCACCGUCGGGGACUUGGCCGGGAUCGGAGUCCUCGCCAUGAUCUUCCUCUACGUGUAUAAAUCGAAGAAGAAGAAUAAAAUGAAUGCCGACAAUAGCAAAGCAUACAUUACCAACAAAGAUCAAGCCAAUGCCGCCAUUGUCGACGAGCUCUCGCUAUCGAAAGAUCACCCAAAAACUCAAGGUGGCUGGUCGUGUUUGAGUAUCGGAAACGGGGAAGAGACAUCGGAGGCGACGGGGUCAGACAGCGACGGAAGCAACGGCAAUGGCGAUGGGGUUGUGGAAGCCGAAGAGGUUGGGAAGGAGAGGUCGGUGCUGGUGAUGGUGGACGGGGAGACGAAGCUGGAAGUGGAGACGCUGCUGAAGGCGUCGGCGUACGUGCUGGGGUCGAGCGGCCGGAGCAUAGUCUACAAGGCGGUGGUGGAGGGCGGAGUGGCGUUCGCCGUCCGGAGAAUCGGAGACGGCUGCGUCCGGCGACUGAGGGACUUCGAGAGCCACGUCCGGGCGGUGGCGAAGCUGCGCCACCCCAAUCUCGUGCGCGUCCGAGGAUUCUACUGGGGCUCAGACGAGAAGCUAGUGAUCUACGACUACAUCUCCAAUGGCAGCCUCGCUUCCGUCUCCGGCGCCGGCGGUUACAAAAAGAUGGGGUCGUCUCCGAGCCACCUUUCGUUCGACGUGCGGCUCAAGAUAGCAAGGGGAGUGGCCCGGGGGCUGGCCUUCAUCCACGAGAAGAAGUCCGUUCAUGGCAACAUCAAGCCCGCCAACAUCCUCCUGACGCGCGACAUGGAGCCCGUAAUCAGCGACCUCGGCCUCGACCGCCUCCUCCCGGCCGACACCCACCGACGCUCCUCCGCCUCCGCCUCCGCCACCCGCCACUUCGGCAGCAAGCGCUCCGCCCCUUCCCGCGAUGACUUCCCCGCCGCCAGCCCGUACUCCACUCCCCCGGACUUCGUCGGCUGCACGUCUCCUUAUCACGCGCCGGAGUCGCUGGAGAACCUCAAGCCCAGCCCCAAGUGGGACGUUUACUCUUUCGGGAUCCUUCUGCUGGAGCUCCUCACCGGGAGGGUGUUUUCCGAGCAGGAGCUGGGCGCCGGCUCUGCGUCGGAGGACAGGACCCGGUUGGCGAGGAUGGCUGGCGCGGAGGACAAAGAGGAUGCGGCGAUGGCGUGCUUGAAGUUAGGGUUCAGUUGCGCAGCGUUGGCCCCACAGAGAAGACCUUCCAUGAAAGAAGCACUCCAAGUGCUUGACAAAAUGCCAAGCUCGUCUUGCCCGUACUGACUUUGAUGACUAAGGCAAGCGGCAAGCUUCAAGCUUUCCCUACAAAAGCCAUGCAACCACUGGGUUUAAAGGGUUUGUCUUUGGUCUUUUUUGACUUAGAAUUAAUGUUGCAUAAAGGAGAAGCUUUUGUUGCUACCUAAGUUAAUUAUAAACAAUUAUAACUUAGAGUUUAUCAUAUUACAAUAUAUGUUAUAUUAAAGAUAAUUAUCCAUAAUUCUAUCA